CAGAUCGAUAAGUGGUGGACUGUAGUCCGGAUGUCGCGUAUAUCAAAAAAGACGCAUCACGUGUUGAUAAGGUUAAUCAACGGCGAUAACGUGUUGAGCAUUUAGCUUAGUCCAUCGUGAGCAGCCGUAAAACAAGUGUUUGUCAGUGUUUUUGACACACGAACAGCUGACGCGGCACAACCGGCGCAGCUGAUGUAAUCAUGAAUAACUUGACGCACGCGCAUCACGAAAAGUUCUAUUAUGAAUCACGUAUCGUGGGAUAACACAAUAUGCGAUGUUGAACAAAUAUUAUGAUGUCUACUAAUCGAAUUAUGCUCUAUUGACUCUUAGGAAUGUCCCAUCAAGCUAACAGGGCUUGUGUCGUCGAAGCGGAUGACCUUGUGCCCAUCUUGACACCCGCCGUCGAUAUUUUACCGCGAUUAAAGACCUUGGCCGCUCAUUUCACCUCCAAAUACAAUGUGGAACCUUCCUUCUUCGCUCGAGUGCCGGGAAGAGUGAAUCUGAUAGGCGAGCACAUCGAUUAUUGCGGAUAUGCCGUCUGUCCAAUGGCUAUUGAACAAGAUAUCCUUGUUGCAGUGGCACUGUCAAAAUAUAGCGAUAUUUGCCUCACUAAUGUUGAUCCUAAAUACAAGGAGUUUCAAUGCAGUUUCGAGAACGUAGGAUCUUGCAUUAGCGACAGUGAGAGCGGACCGGCAUGGUACAAAUAUUUUUUGUGCGGUGUAAAAGGAGCAUUGGAAGUGAUCCCGACAGAGUCCGUUCCUACGGGAGUUCUGGUUGCGGUGUGGGGUAACAUACCUCCUAAUUCUGGCCUCUCAAGUUCUAGUGCGCUCGUCUCGGCCGCUCUCCUUUCAAUUGUACAUGCCAGUCAGAUUCAAUUGUCGAAGCAUGAAUUGGCAACUAUCAGUGCUCGAGCAGAGAGACAUAUCGGAACUCAAGGUGGAGGAAUGGAUCAGGCCAUCGCUUUUCUUGGAAAAGCUGGUUCUGCAAAGUUGAUAAACUUUAAUCCUUUACGUGGCAUCGAUGUAACACUACCAGAGAAUGCAGUCUUCGUAAUAGCGCAUAGUCAAGCUUAUCACAACAAAGCCUCGACUACCGACUUCAAUCUCAGAGUUGCAGAAUGUCGAUUAGCUGCACAGAUGAUAGCUAAGAAGAGAAAUAAAGAUUGGGAGCAUGUUCAAAGAUUAAUCGACAUUCAAGAGAAACUCGCUUUGGACUUGGACGAGAUGGUUACUGUAGUAAUGACGGAUUUGCACGAGCAGCCGUAUACUCUUGAUGAGAUCUGCGAGAGUCUUGGUACAGACUAUGAACGAUUGAAGAAGACGUCUCUCAUCAGUUCCUUUAAUACCUCGCAAACGUUCAAGCUGCAGCAACGGGCGCUGCACGUUUUUCAAGAGGCUAGCAGAGUGCUCGCGUUUCGCCGUAUAAACGAGGAAAGCGGUAUAAUGGAACUCGAGAAGCUUCAACAUCUGGGCAGUCUGAUGUCAAAGAGCCACGCCAGUCUCCAUAAGCUGUACGAAUGCAGCCAUCCUAGCGUAGACUCACUCGUCGAAAGAGCUAUAUGUUGCGGCGCAUAUGGCGCCAGACUCACAGGAGCUGGUUGGGGCGGUUGUAUCGUGGCAAUCAUUGAUAAAAACGACGUCCAACAAUUUGUGGAUACUUUGCGAACGUAUCUCUAUCAGAACAGCACAGAGGACCGGGUGGAGCUCAAGAAUAUGGUAUUUCCGACGGCACCGAACCAGGGUGCUAUUAUUUACACUGUGUCAACACUGUUUUAAAUCAUAAAACUCGCAGUAUAAUAAAUAUAGUGGCUUUCCUUGGCUCGCGACGUCACGCCAUACCUUUUUGUUGACAUUCCAUUAUUUUCUCCUCACCUCACUUUACUUUACGUUCCUCUCUCUCUGACCUGCUUUUUUUCAUUCUUUAUCACAAAUUUUAAUUGACAAAAAAACAUCACCUGUGCCAUGCAAUCUCCCUCUGGUUGUUGACGUUCGAUCCACCACCGAAUGAAUAGUAUGUAUUAUGUUGUUCCUUGCUGUAUAUAUGAAUUACCUAGUUUAUCAUAGUAUAAUUAAAUUUCUGAAUGUAAUAUCUCUUAUAAUAGCGCACAACAGUUUCAAAACGAAGAUUGACAGUAAUUCAAGCUAUAAUUAUUAUGUUAAAAAUUAACAUAUUAAUCUUUAUCUCUUUUCUACGACUAUUAGAUGUAAAGAUAUAAUUAUAACAUAUGAAAAGAGUUAUAAUCCACUAUUCUAAAAAUAUAAAUCGUACUA